GUUUUUUUGGCUCUCCGUACUUUAAUUGAGCUCUAGAUUUAUGUUUUCGGGAAUUUUCAUUCUUUGCGCACUUUCAUUCGGAUAUAUUACCUCGAGAGGAAAAUUUUGCAAAUCUUCUAUAAGUGCGAUUUAACCCUUUAUAAAUAAAAUAGUAUUCGCGGGGCUAGGAGAAUUCUUUAAGCCCGUGGCCUCAAAUGGAACUUUUGGACAUGAAAGAUUUAAAUUCAAAAUAUGGCAUCACCUCAAAGGUGACGCCAUACUUGAUGCUCAAUGAACUUGUCUGCAUCCCAAUUUCGAGAAGGAAAGAGUGAGAAUCCCGAAUCGGUUCGAUGGUUUCCUCUCCCUCUCAAACUGCAUCGCAUUGCGGUCACUAGGGGUCAAUCCUUGAUUUACUCGACAUAUUGAGGCCUGUAUAACAGCCGGAUGCGGAAUGAGACCAGUCGAUGACCUUGAGACAGACCGUAAGUCCCCCCGAGGCACAACGGCUUAUUUCCUUCCCAUCUCGCACCGCGUUCGACCGAAUCUCGUCAUCGCCGAAGUUUCAGUCUCGGUCUGGCACUGACACCUUCUCUACCCUGUUACCGACCAUGGCGAGUGUGGAGGAGAUGGACGAGGCCCGAGGUGAGCUAAUCUUGGAGAACUUCAAGGGAUACACCCAUCCCCCCGUGUUGGGUAAGCCGAGGGAUUGGAUUCUUCCCGUCGGAUUUCAAGCAAGGUUCAGGGAGUUCCUGGAAUUUCCUCUCUAUUCAACGGACGUCUUCCUCCUCGGGCAUCCCAAGACUGGGACGACAUGGGUGCAAGAAAUGAUCUGGCUCUUGAAGAAUGACUGUGACGUGGCUGCCAGCAGCAGGGAACUCCUCCUUCAACGUUUCCCUCACAUUGAGCUAGACGAGAUAAUAGCGCAGAGCGCAGAGGAGCCAUUUAUAGUCCCUCGAAGUUUCCUGAAAGCGGCCAUGGCAGAGCAGCUAGGGAAAUCGGGCCGUCUUCUCAAGUCCCACCUUCCCUUCGCCUUCCUCCCGCCUUUCCUAAUGGAGAUAUCCAAGGUGGUCUACAUCGCCCGGAACCCGUACGACGUGGUGGUGAGCUAUUAUUAUCACAUGAAGAAGAUGCAUCAUCACGAAUUUCAAGGGAAAAUCUCAGACUUCGUGGACUUCUUCGUCGAAGGGAAUCUCCUUUUUUCUCCCUUCCAUCAACAUGUCCUCGACGCCUGGGAAAGAAGAGACUCCCCCAACCUCCACUUCCUCUUUUAUGAAGAUUUAAAGAAGGAUCUUAGGAAAGAACUGGGGAAACUUGCAGAAUUCUUGGACCAUCUGGAAGGACUCCUUGUGUAAGGCUAGGAGCUCCU